AUGAGCUGCUUAUCACCUCCAAGCUGGGGUGGUAGGAGCCAUUCAUUACCUCCUGCUGGUGUUGAGACGUCGUCACCUGCAGCUGGGGUGGAGCCAUCAUUACCUGCUGCUGGUGUUGAGCCGUCAUCACCUCCAGUUGGGGUGGAGCCGUCAUUACCUCCUGCUGGUGUUGAGCUGUCAUCACCUUCACCUGGGGUGGAGCCGUCAUUACCUCCUGCUGGUGAUGAGCCGUCGUCACUUCCAGCUGGGGUGGAGCCGUCAUUACCUCCUGCUGGUGAUGAGCCGUCGUCACUUCCAGCUGGGGUGGAGCCGCCAUUACCUCCUGCUGGUGAUGAGCCGUCGUCACUUCCAGCUGUGGUGGAGCCGUCAUUACCUCCUGCUGGUGAUGAGCCGUCGUCACCUCCAGCUGGGGUGGAGCCGUCAUUACCUCCUGCUGGUGAUGAGCCGUCGUCACCUCCAGCUGGGGUGGAGCCGUCAUUACCUCCUGCUGGUGAUGAGCUGUCUUCACUUCCAGCUUGGGUGGAGUCGUCAUUACCUCCUGCUGGUGUUGAGCCGUUGUCACCUGCAACUGGGGUUGAGCCGUCAUUACCUCCUGCUGGUGUUGAGCCGUCGUCGCCGUCACCUCCAGCUGGGGUGGAUCCGUCCUUACCUCCUGCUGGUUAUGAGCUGUUAUCACCUCCAGCUGGGGUGGAGCCGUCAUUACCUCCUGCUGGUGAUGAGCCGUUGUCACCUUCAGCUGGGGUGGAGCCAUCAUUACCUCCUGCUGGUGUUGAGCUGUCGUCACCUCCAGCUGGGAUGGAGCCGUCAUUAGCUCUUGCUGGUGUUGAGCUGUCAUCACCUCCAGCUGGGGUGGAGCCGUCAUUACCUCCUGCUGGUGAUGAGCCGUUGUCACCUGCAACUGGGGUUGAGCCGUCAUUACCUCCUGCUGGUGUUGAGCUGUCUUCACCUCCAGCUGGGAUGGAGCCGUCAUUAGCUCUUGCUGGUGUUGAGCUGUCAUCACCUCCAGCUGGGGUGGAGCCAUCAUUAUCUCCUGCUAGUGUUGAGCCAUUGUCACCUGCAACUGGGCUGGGGUGGAGCCGUCAUUACCUCUUGGGGGCUGGUGAUGAGCCGUCGUCACCUCCAGCUGAGUUGGAGCCGUCAUUACCUCCUGCCGGUGAUGAGCCAUUGUCACCUCCAUCUGGGGUGGAGCCGUCAUUACCUCCUGCUGGUGUUGAGCCGUCGUCGCCGUCACCUCCAGCUGGGGUGGAUCCGUCAUUACCUCCUGCUGGUGAUGAGCUGUUAUCACCUCCAGCUGAGGUGGAGCCGUCAUUACCUCCUGCUGGUGUUGAGCCGUUGUCACCUGCAACUGGGGUUGAGCCGUCAUUACCUCCUGCUGGUGUUGAGCCGUCGUCACCUGCAGCUGGGGUGGAGCCAUCAUUACCUCUUGCUGGUGUUGAGCUGUCAUCACCUCCAGCUGGGGUGGAGCCGUCAUUACCUCCUGCUGCUGAUGUUGAGGCGUCAUUACCUGCUGCUGGUGUUGAGCCGUCAUCACCUCCAGUUGGGGUGGAGCCGUCAUUACCUCCUGCUGGUGAUGAGCCGUCGUCACCUCCAGCUGGUGUUGAGCCAUCGUCACCUCCAGCUGGGGUGGAGCCGUCAUUACCUCCUGCUGGUGUUGAGCCCUCGUCACCUCCAGCUGGUGUUGAGCCAUCAUUUCCUCCCGCUGGUGUUGAGCUGUUAGUACCUGCUGCUGGUGUUGAGCCGUCAUUACCUCCAGCUGGUGUUGAGCCGUCAUCACCUCCAGUUGGGGUUGAGCCAUCAUUACCUCCUGCUGGUGAUGAGCCGUCGUCACCUCCAGCUGGGGUGGAGCCGUCAUUACCUCCUGCUGGUGUUGAGCUGUUGUCACCUCUAGCUGGGGUGGAACCAUCAUUGCCUCCAGCUGGUGUUGAGCCAACGUCACUUCCUUCUGGUGUUGAGCUGUUGUCACCCCCAGCUGGUGUUGAGCUGUCAUUACGUGCUGUUGGUGUUGAGCCAUCGUCACCUCCAGCUAGUGUUGAGCCAUUAUUACCUCCUGCUGGUGUUGAACCGUCAUCACCUCCAGCUGGUGUUGAGCCGUCAUUACCUGCUGCUGGUGUUGAACCGUCAUCACCUCUAGCUUGUGUUGAGCCAUUAUCACUUCUUGCUGUGGUGGAGCCAUCAUCACUUCCUGCUGGUGUUGAGCCGUUAUUAACUCCUGCUGGUGUUGAGCUGUCAUUACCUCCUGCUGGUGUUGAGCUGUCGUUACCUCCUGCUGGUGUUGAGCUGUCGUUACCUCCUGCUGGUGUUGAGCUGUCGUUACCUCCUGCUGGUGUUGAGCUGUCAUCAACUCCAGCUUGGGUUGAGCCAUUAUCACUUCUUGCUGUGGUGGAGCCAUCAUCACUUCCUGCUGGUGUUGAGCCGUCAUUAACUCCUGCUGGUGUUGAGCUGUCAUUACCUCCGCUGUCUGCAUUAACUCCUGCUGGUGUUGAGCUGUCAUUACUCCCCUGCUGGUGUUUUUGGCUGUCAUUACCUCCUGCUGGUGGUGAGCUGUCGUUACCUCCUGCUGGUGUUGAGCUGUCAUUACCUCCUGCUGGUGUUGGGCUGUCAUUACCUCCUGCUGGUGGUGAGCUGUCGUUACCUCCUGCUGGUGUUGAGCUGUCAUUAACUCCUGCUGGUGUUGAGCUGUCAUUACCUCCUGCUGGUGUUGGGCUGUCAUUACCUCCUGCUGGUGGUGAGCUGUCGUUACCUCCUGCUGGUGUUGAGCUGUCAUUACCUCCUGCUGGUGUUGAGCUGUCGUUACCUCCUGCUGGUGGUGAGCUGUCGUUACCUCCUGCAGGUGUUGAGCUGUCAUUACCUCCUGCUGGUGUUGAGCUGUCGUUACCUCCUGCUGGUGUUGAGCUGUCGUUACCUCCUGCUGGUGUUGAGCUGUCGUUACCUCCUGCUGGUGUUGAGCUGUCAUCAACUCCAGCUUGGGUUGAGCCAUUAUCACUUCCUGCUGGUGUUGAGCUGUCAUUAACUCCUGCUGGUGUUGAGCUGUCAUUACCUCCUGCUGGUGUUGAGCUGUCGUUACCUCCUGCUGGUGUUGAGCUGUCGUUACCUCCUGCUGGUGUUGAGCUGUCGUUACCUCCUGCUGGUGUUGAGCUGUCGUUACCUCCUGCUGGUGUUGAGCUGUCAUCAACUCCAGCUUGGGUUGAGCCAUCAUCACUUCCUGCUGGUGUUGAGCUGUCAUUACCUCCUGCUGGUGUUGAGCUGUCAUUACCUCCUGCUGGUGUUGAGCUGUCGUUACCUCCUGCUGGUGUUGAGCUGUCAUUACCUCCUGCUGGUGUUGAGCUGUCAUUACCUCCUGCUGGUGUUGAGCUGUCGUUACCUCCUGCUGGUGUUGAGCUGUCAUUACCUCCUGCUGGUGUUGAGCUGUCAUUACCUCCUGCUGGUGUUGAGCUGUCGUUACCUCCUGCUGGUGUUGAGCUGUCAUCAACUCCAGCUUGGGUUGAGCCAUUAUCACUUCCUGCUGGUGUUGAGCCGUUAUCACUUCUUGCUGUUGUGGAGCCAUCAUCACUUCCUGGUGGUGUUGAUCCGUCAUUAACUCCUGCUGGUGUUGAGCUGUCAUUACCUCCUGCUGGUGUUGAGCUGUCGUUACCUCCUGCUGGUGUUGAGCUGUCGUUACCUCCUGCUGGUGUUGAGCUGUCAUUAACUCCUGCUGGUGUUGAGCUGUCAUUACCUCCUGCUGGUGUUGAGCUGUCGUUACCUCUGCUGUGUUGA